AUGCUCUACCGACUGAGCCACACAGGACCCAUGCACAGAUCCAUCACCAGUGAAGACCUUGAGAAAAGGUUCCAGGAGGAUCAAAGUGCUGUGGUGAAGUUCACUGCAGGCCAGCAGUCUUAUGAGCUGAGUUUCAGAGACAUGACGCAAAAAAACAAAAGAUACGGUACUGUAAGGAUGGUCAGGCGUCGUCCUGUGUUUGUUUCAACUGCAGACAGCAGGACAAAUAGAACAUACAAGUCCUCUCAGAAUUUCAGAGAUGUUCCUGGAUUUUGGGACAAGUCUGCCAUACCUGACAUUGGAUAUAAGACAGUCACUCUUCUGAGUUCUGACAGGGACUAUCAGAAGGUCCAGAGACUUUUCAACAACACCAUGAGGGGCUUCCAGAUCACCAGCAUCGAGAGGGUCCAAAACAGGGACCUCUGGGAAGUCUUCCAGUGGAAAAGAGAUUUGAUGAAGAAAAACAAUGGGGGUAAAAGCUGCAAGGAGCUUCAUCUCUUCCACGGAACGGACCCAAAACACGUAGACGCCAUUUGCAGAGAUAACUUCGACUGGAGGCUGUGUGGAACCAAUGGAACUACGUAUGGCGAAGGGAGUUACUUUGCCAGGGAUGCCAAGUACACAGCUUCACCAGCCACUCAGGAGUGAGGUCCAUGUUUGUUUGUCGGGUGCUUGUUGGUGACUACACACGGGGGAAGUCGGACCUCCGUCGUCCCCCUCCAAAAGGCGAGGGAAGCCCCAC